AAUGAACAAAUUACUAGCAUUUGCAGCUAUUACAUUAUUAACAGUUGGAAUCCAUUAACUAAGCCAAACAGAAUCUGUUGAUUAAAGAUUGUAAUUUGAAAAUUACACAACAAAAUAUGGCAAAAUCUAUUCACCAGCUGAGAAAGCAUAUAGAUCAAAGGUUUAUGAAGAUGCUAUGAAAUAAAUCUAAAUCUAAAAUGCUGACUUAAGUAGCACUGCCAAAUUCGGAGAAAAUUAAUUCACUGAUUUAACACCUGAAGAAUUCGCUGCUUUAUAUUUAACAAGAAAUUAAUCAAACAUGAAUCUUAAUGCUGAAUUAUAUGUUCCAUAAGGACCUGUAGGUGCAUCAGCUGAUUGGUCAAAUAUUACCAAAGUUAAGGAUUAAGGUAAUUGUGGUUCAUGCUGGGCUUUUUCUGCUGUAGGUGCAGUUGAAACACUUUUGACUCUUAAGGGAGUUCUUCCAUCAAACACAUGGUUAUCAGAAUAAUAAUUAGUUGAUUGUGAUAGAGGUACAAACAAUGGAUGUAAUGGUGGUUUUGAAAAUUUGGGUAUCUCUUGGGCUAAAAAGAAUGGUCUUACAACAAGUGACAAAUAUCCAUAUGUUGGUAAAUAAUAAAAAUGUCAAAUUUCAACUGGAUAAUAUAAACCAUCAGGAUAUUAAGUUGUAUCUGCAAGUAACAUGUACACUGCUUUAUCUUAUUAACCAAUUACUGUUGCUGUUGAUGCCAGUUCAUGGUAAUAUUAUAAAACUGGUGUUUUUGAUAAAUGCACAUUAAAAUCAUUAAAUCAUGCUGUUUUGGCUACUGGUUUCUAAGAAGAUGGAGUUUGGAUUAUCAAGAAUUCAUGGGGAACUGGAUGGGGAGAAAAAGGAUAUAUUAGAUUACCAGCUUAAGGUAACCCCUGUGGUGUCUAAAAUGAAUCCUAUGUUGCUUAUCUUGAAUGAGUU